CCCUGACCGUUCCACUACUCCACUUUCGGGUGACGAUCUCUCGAAACGCGCGUUCGCUCCUCGUUAAUCUAAAUUCGGGGAGGAUGACUAGCCAACGUCUCGUUGCGCUUUUAGAAGAGAUUUUCUGUAACGAGGAUGAUUUUCGAAAUCGAUGGCCUACGGAAUACGUACAUAUAUCUGGUCUGAGAAGUUAAAUGGGUCACGUGGCAGGAGGCCGAGUUUUCGUUCUCUUCCAGAGGUCUCUCUUCGCGCCGAAAACCGAGCCUUCCAUGGAAACGCCCUGAGAAGCGUCGUGUCCCCGGAAAAGGUUGCAAUUUUAAGAUACAACAGUAGCACAGGACAAGAUGUUUAGUUUCCACAAGCCGAAAGUUUAUCGGUCCAGCACCGGCUGCUGCAUCUGCAAAGCUAAAUCUAGCAGUUCGAGGUUUACGGACAGCAAGAAGUACGAGGAGGAUUUUAUCGAAUGCUUCCAAUUGGAGGAACGGCGGACAGGGGAGAUUUGCAAUGCUUGCGUCCUUCUGGUUAAGCGUUGGAAGAAGUUGCCAGCUGGGAGCAAUCGCAACUGGAGACACGUUGUGGACGCUCGAGCAGGACCUGGCAUCAAGUCGCUGACGAAGUUCAAAUCAAAAAAUAAAAAGAAGCUGAAGGACAUCCCGGAAAAGCUCGAGAAGAUCAUGAAGAAGAAGCACGUCUACUUGAAGCCGGAGCGCGACCGCGAGCAGAGCCCGGCCAUGAGCGACGAUUUGACCGAAGACUAUCUGGGCGGAGCUGGCAGCAAGGGCUCGAGCAGAGCCGGCAGUCCUGCGGGGAGCGACGAGGUCACUGCUGGCGUCAGAAGGUUGGCCAUGGAACAAGGAGAAUUCGACGGGAAGGACCAUCUGCCUGACAACGGCUUCAUCGACUUGUCCUACUUUAAAAGGGAGGUGAUUUGCUGCGGCACGAUAUUCAAGGGUCCUUACGGGGAGGUGAUAGUGGACCCAUCGCUGAUAAAGCCGUGCAUAGGCUGCAUCGCGAGACAGCAACAACGGAGGCAGAGCAACAUCCUGGGAAGCAGUCCUCAGCAUAGCUCGGCAUCGGCGAGUCCAGCCCACAGUUCAGCGUCCGCAAGUCCGGCCCACAGUUUGGAGUCCGCGGUCGACACGACAACGGUGCCUAAGCCCACUAGCAAGUCCUUCAGCGACUCGUCCUCGGAUUCGGGAUAUGACGAGUCCUCCAACCAAGGAGUCGGCGAGAGCAAGAUCACCAAGCUCAUCCAAAACUCCCACUCUAGUGUCAAGCAACAGGCCGUGAAGAUGAUACAACCGGUGAAGAGUGUGCAACUAAAGGCGAUCCCGAUAUCGGAAGCUGUCAGGUUAAAAGCUGAGGUGCCGAUUAAACUGGUGCCCCUUAAACAGGUCGAUCAGCUCGUGUGCAAGCCCAUAACCCUGGCGUCCUCGGCCAGCGUUACCCUGACCAGUAGCAAUAUCCCGCAUCCUAUGGUCAACAUCCCGACUAACCCGCUUGUCGACUUCGCCAUGCACGCCUCCUCGAGGCAGUCCGUCUCCAAUUAAUGUCAGUCCCUCGUAGAGUCUCUUAACUUAUUCCUCCGUUCAUUGAUUCUUGCGUUCUUCAUCGUGUAGUUAGACACAUACAUCUUGCCGAAGCGGUCGGCCGCGAGCGGGGAAACGGUUCCCCGGGGAACGAACGUUUCCCCCUCGACGUUAGGCCUCUUCGGUAGCACAUUGACUUAUAUAUAAAUAUAUAUAUAUUCAUAUAUCCGAUGUGCUAGCUGGCGCGUCGCUCUGUUCCCCAGACAACGAGGGCUAUGGACGGGCGCGUCCUAAAUUUUUAUCCUGUCCAAGACAAAUUAGAGAGUUUAUCAUGUUACGAGAGUGCGGUGAUAAUGGAAUUCUUAUGAUUUUGUACGCAAUGACUGUUGUGGGGCCCCGGUGGGCGGGUGGAGCUCUCGAUCGGGCGGUUCUCGGUCAAAGUUUUUCGACGAAAAAUGUGUAAGGUGGUGGUCGACACUUUGUGGGUCGCGAUCGGGAAGCUCCGUCUCGUCCCCAUUUGGGCACCGUUUGUAGCAUAAAUAUUGCUUAUAAACUGCCACGAGCCAUGACUGUUGACUAUCCACGCGUCAUUUGCAGAAGACGUGGCGAGUUUUCGGGAUAGAACGAUAGGCGGGAGAUUAACCAGUAAGAGUCUAUUAAUUAGCGGCAUACAUCAAAACACUGUGAUGAUACUGUAAAGUUGUACUUGAGAUAUGUAAGAUUUUUUAACAUUGGCGAGUGGCAGUUACGUUACAUAGGCGCGAUUUAUGUUGAUCAACCGCUUUGUGAACGUCAUUGAGAGGUAUAUAUGUAUAUACAACGAUAGACAAAGUUUUAUAUAUAUGUAUAUCGCUAGGUGCAAGAGAGAGAGCGAGAACGACCAAUACCCAUCCACGGCUUCGGAAUCUGGGCUACAUCUGUACUUGCAAUCGUCUAUGUGAAUACACAAUUAAUGUUCGUAUAGGUGUUCCAAGAUGCCAAUCGAUUUUUCUAACAACUUCGGGUCCAAUCGAAUUCGAUACAGGGCGAGCCCCGAGGGCUCGUUUUUUUAGGGUCACAGAUUUCUACACUUUUUAUCCUGGUGCAUCUCGAGACACGGUGUGGACCUAACCGAGGCUCCAUGACAUUAAAAUUAGGCGACUAAACGCGGCUAACGAGACAAUGUGUUCAGAUACUGUUUAACUCUGACCCAAUUAUAUAGCAAUAAUAAGAGUAACUUAAUUUUAACGAGGAACUGCGUGCGUCCGGUUUUAUAGCAUCGCGUCGCUAUGAUGGUAUAUUUAGGCAGUAUUAAUUGUGUGAGAGGAAAGGGAUAUAUAUAUAUACAUAUAUAUGUAUGUAGGACACGGCAAUCGGAUUGGCUGAAUGGACCAACGGACUCCGAUGCGAUGCCUUCUCGCGCCCUGCAGCGAGCACCGCCAUGGUGAGGAUGCCGCUGCAUCGGCGACGUAGAGGUGCCGUUUUCGCGGGCAAAUCAAGGCGAUGCAGGCCGGACGUUGUGUCCUAAAAUUGAGAUGUGGACUUAGAAAAAAGAAGGAGAAGGUCCAGGCGCGGAGAGGAUAGGGAUUCGGACGAGGGGUCGCGAUCAAGUUUGAGAAGGAGUCCAUGCUCGGCUCCACCUCGCACGUCCAAUCGCCCGGUCGCGCUGCAUCGCCUUGACGAUUUAUCAUAGGCUAGUAGUUAAGGUUAAUGCGUUAGUUCCUAGUUUGAGAGACGGGCACACUGACGAACAAAUGCACAAGUACCGCUGUACCUGUCCCGAGCGUAGGUCGCGUUGGCUUUUACAUUGUACCUCGCCGGUAGACCUUAGCGGACCUAUGCCGGCAAGUCCAGAGUGUACGACAGUACAUCAGUGAGAGGCGCAUUUUACGAGACUUAGUACUUUUCUCUCGGCGAGUUUUAUUUCCUUAUGAGAUGUCUAAAGCCAAACGCGUCGGUAGGAUGGUGCCAAGAGUUUCGCAUGUGCAAUAUGCCGACCCGCGAGACUCCCCACGGUGACCUGUCUCGCGGGUCACGAUCUCGUGCGGAUUCGAAUCGAGCGAUCGGGACUCCUUGAUUUCGCCCGGUCGGAACGACGCCCGCGUUUCUUAACCGUUUAUUUCCUAGGAAAACCGCGCGACGCCCGGCCAGAGGCAUAGGGAAUUUUUUUUCUUAUUUUUUUAAUUCACUCUUCCUCCUUCUUUUCUUUUUUUUUAUUCGCUCUUCCAUGAGGAGUUUCGACCCACGACCUGGUCUUUCCCAUGCCGGGCCUCGCGCCAGUCUUGAACUAGUUGUAGAACUACGGCCACUGCCCACCUAACUUAGGCUCACUGACAAUCGUGUAUAGGGAAGGCGAGGGCAACCAGGGCGAGUCGACGACGACGGCUCGGCCGGUCCUCGUUUCUGGAAUCAAACAUCGAAUCUGCGGUCUACCGGGCGGACGACGAGACCCACCCUCGUCCUCCGGCAGACCUCCUUUAUAUAAUAUUUCUUUGACUAAGAGACCGCGAUGAUCUCUCCUUACUGUGAAUGCCGACAACUCGAUAUUCUUCUUUAUAUGUAUACAUAUGUAUCGCGCAGUGUAGGAUUACGUUUCGCGACUUUAGGAUCACAACGGGAGUAAAGGAAGAAUUCUUGUUUGUGCGGCCCCUCUUCGCGGUCGCUUGCAUCCGUGAUAUCUCUCGAUCAGCUGAUCCAGACGAGGAUGCGCGAUUCUUAUCUAUUACCCUCGUGCUCGAGAUAUCCCGGAUGCACCUGUGGGUCGGGGUCUGCGAAUCGCAUGGGUUGUGCAUCGGACCUCGUUUCAUAUGUUUUCUAGUAUUGUGCAGCUAAGUCCGGGGCUAACCUCUCUGCCGACUUCCAAGGGUCGGCCCGGGAGAAUUCCCCUUAACUCUGCCUGUGAUCCCUCCAGGAUGCUCUGCCCUAUGAUAGGCAAUCAAUUAUGUAACUUAUUUAUUUUUUAAUUCCGUUUAUAUAAUGCCCCGCAAUAUCUAAGACGUUUUCCCCCCCUCUUCCUACAAAUUUAUAUAUAUAAACGUAUAUAUAUACACACAUAUAUAUAUAUAUAAUAUACAUAUAUUUUUUUACACCCAAUUAGUCUUUGUUCCGCCGCGAGACUGAGGGGGUCGAGCGCGCACUGCCACGCAGGGCAAUAUGUUUGAUUCCAAGUCGAUUUGCUGGCAAUAUGUUCGUGGAAUUAUUUAUUUUCUUCUUUUUAUGAGGUUUUAUUUUUUUUUUUUAAUUAUCACUAAUAUUAUUAACAUUAUUCGUUUCUCCCGCCCCCCAGCCCUUUCUUAUUUUUUUUUUUUCUGGAGAGUCGUUUUUUGUACAUUUAAAUUAUGAUCGACGUGGUGCAUUCUGCGGAUGGGAGCAGAUAGAUUAAGCACCCGUUAAGGAGAGACAGAGGAAUACCUGCGAGGUGAACAGAGAGAUCCUUGCGCGAAAUUACAUUUUUAUAUGUAACUCUAAUUAGUUGUACGUAGGGUGUAUGUCGGAUAGAUAUAUGUAUAUGGAGGGCAUGUAUCGGGCGUGCAUUUUUCUAAGAUAAGAGAGGCGAUUUUGUAAGUCUGCUUAGACCGAGAGUUUAAGGAACCGAAUGAUAAGGUAGAGAAUGAGGGAUUGAACCUCUCUGUGCGGUCGGAAUUGGGAAAGCCGGUCGGUCGGUAAGGCUCAUAUUCCCGCAGCUUUGCUCCGGGAAUUUGAACCUUACGGCCCGCGUGCGCUCGGCUGGCUCUUCCCUCGGUCGGAUUCUGCACCAGAGGGGAUUGGAGAGGACAUUGUCUCGAGGAGCAUUGAUUUCCGAUAUCGCGUGCGAUUACCUUAAUUACGAAUAGGGAUCUUGCCCGAGCUGCGACACGCCGAUUGAGCGCCGGCCCUGACAGUUUCCGAUAACGUUUAACUUAAUCGAGAACUACUUUUAACGUGUAAGUCAAUCUAGUUAAGUACUCCUUUCCGACAUAUUGAGCCGCAACUGAGCCCGAGGAAACUUUCGAACGAACGUCUUUACGCGCCUCCAGGCGCUUUGUAUGCGAUAUACAUUAUUACGAUUAGCAGUGUAAUCAGACGCGACGAUCGACACGGAUGCGCAGCGAUAAAUUCGAUAUUGUAUUCGAGCCGGCCGAGAGAUCGAUUCUAUCCUACCUCGCCCCCGAUGUCGCGGCUCGAAAGUCUUGGAGACCUCUUUUUUUUUUUUUUUAAAUCCCCGGAAAGCUGGAAUUUUUAGUCGCGGAGGUCAGGAACUGGGGAAUCCCGUAUCCGAGAUUUUCGAUGGGAAAUUCCCCAUUCGGGGGAUUUUUCAUGGGCUAGGAUUUUAGGGGGGCGAGGGAAAUUUUGAUAUGCCCUCUUCGAAGAUUCUACUCUUGGCCGAGCUCAAUUCUCUUCUGAUCGAGUAGACAGGGAGGAUUUUCAACGGACGAAAGGUGUCAAUAUUCGCCUAGUCACUUGCAAUUCAAGUCUCCUUUAGUUCCCGCGUCAGUUAUUUCCACGGAUACGUUUUCUUUCCCCCCCUCUUCCGAGGCGGUCCGAUACUUUUUAUAGUAAAAUCGAGAAAAUCAAGAAACAUCAUUCGAGAAGAUUUACGACAGGGAUGUAAAUAUAUACAUAAAUAUAUAUUUAAAAGGAGCCUUGAUCUCGGUAGAAGUCCGAGAGAGGAGUUCGACUUGGACUCCUCCCUCGGCCUAUUUACAUCGGAGUGAAUUUCUACAUCAACCUUGAAUAACGAUUGUGAGACUGAUCGAUGUACUAAGCAGAUAACUGUUAAUUUAUAUUCAACUAUAUUCAAUUAAUAUUAGGGACUUCCGUCGCCUAAUGCGAGAGGGCUCGGCUUCGGUCUAGUCCUCUCUGUAAUUUCCUCUUUUUGUUUUUGUUUUUUUCCUCUAUCUUUCUUUUUAUUUUUUUUUUCGCGAAUCGCUAAUCGACUGCGAGCUCGCCCCGGGAUUUCUGUAAUUUACGGUUACGCGUGUAACGCCGGACCUGUGUCAAUAACCAACGGUGACUGCCAUAAUUAUUAUCUCGUUGUAUCUCAGUGGUUAUCUGUAUGAUAUGCGUUUGUACAUACGUUGUACCAUAGUACUAAUGAGGUCAUUCUAAUCAUUGUAAGAGAUGUCCCGGCGAAAUUCCACCUUUCGCGACGUCCGGUCGCGUUGCCGCGGACCUCCGUAUCGGGUUGGCUAGUCAAUUCCAUCCUAAAUUGAUUUAGGCUUCUUGAGAGAUGCCUUAUAGUGAGUCGGGACGCGCUGGCCAACCCGAUGCUAAUUGUUAAGAGUCCAUCAGUCACACAAGAAUCACACAAAUUAGGAUAUAACGGGCUUCGAUGAGGCGUCUCCACCGGCAAAACAUAUCCUCGUCCAAUCGGGAUUACGCAUUGUAAAUACCGAAACCGACCGGCAUGGUCGCCUAGCGGGGACGCGGCGAACGGCGGCCAUUUUGGUUCCGCGAGGUCCAUCAGCGAUCGCCGCUUUUCCGCCCGGUGUAAUGCUCAGAAUGAAUGGAAUUACGCCCAGAAAUUGGUAUUUAUAACGAUAAAAUAAUAAUUUUUGUACGGUAAACCAGCGAUCUGGGGGGAGAUCGCGACAUAAUCAAAGACCAGUCUCCGCGGCGAUACCAAAUUCGGCGGCGAGUACGCGUAUACGUGCACUUACUAGACUGUACAUGUAUGUACAGAGACGUGCAGUCGAGCUCGUUACUUUUCUACCUGUGUACCUCGUAUUAGGGAUUCUCAUAGGGACCCGAGGAGUUGAAUAUUUCAAUUUGUUAAAUAACGAGUUAAUAAGCCAUUCGACUCGUCGGGUCGGUAAAUUCGCGGGAUGGCGUAGUAAGUCAUGGACUGUGUGAUCGCAAGUGUCGGGGUAAAUCUAUAGUCGAAAGUUUCCCCGAGUCGUUCGGGUCUCUAGGCUGUCGAGAGACCUACUUCCGGUGGGGAAUCACUUCCGGCUGGGAGUUAAGAGCGCGGGGAUAUAUCGUGUCAAAGGAACGGUGCAUUGCGGGGGAACCUCGAGGCCGAGUUCGACAGGGUUUAAGGGAUUCUUCGGAGCGGACUAAGAAAUCAUGAGAAAUGGGAAAGUCCUCCCUCAGUUAAAAGUAACAAUGUCUAGGGAGAUUAUUCUACUCGCGGGAGGCGUUUUCUUGAUUUAUUUUACGAUUACACCGUCGAGUGAGGAAAUCGGUCCUUUGUUUUCGCUCCUUCAUCCCGAGGGAAUGUAAUACAUCCGAGUACCUAUUAUAUCACACUAUUUUAACGAUCUGAUAUAUCUGUAACGUUUAAGUGUACGAUUAAUUGUCUUACUCAUAGUGCUUAUGUACAUGCGCAAGAUCCAGAUAUUUCUACAUUCAUUUACUCGCAGUGAUUGUACAUACUGUGCGAAGUAUUAUGUAUUAUUCCAUUUGUUAAGCAUUGAUUAAAGUAUUGUGUAAAAAAAAAAGAAACUAAGAAAUGCCCGCAUAUGGGACAC